UGCUCAGUGUGCCUAUUGUGGCCUUGCCUGUCAUGCAGGGAUGCGUGGGGGCGGAGGUUGGUGGAGGUGGUUGCUAUGGACGCCCUUCACUACAGCCAGCCGUCGUCCCAGUACUGCCUCGCCUCCGUGACGCGCGAACUCAACAAAGCUUACGUCGGCUUUCACUCGCGAGGCGCACCGCAGCGCCAUCUGCCGGCCGUCGCCACGGGCAACUGGGGAUGCGGGGCAUUCCGUGGUGACCCGCACCUGAAGAGUCUCAUACAGCUGAUGGCGGCGGCGCAGGCAGGUCGUGACCUCUGCUACUUCACCUUUGGUGACACCGCGCUGCGAGACAGCAUCUGGGAGAUGUAUCGCUUCCUGCAGCGGCGCCGAGCGACCACAGGUGACAUUCUAGCGUUGCUGAAGAGGUAUGAGCAGCUGUGUGCAGAGAAGUCGUCUUCCCAGCUAUCCUUAUAUUCAUUUAUCUACUCGGCAUUCAAGGGAGCAGACGGAUCGGACACUGAUCAACAGAUCGAGGGAUUGCAGACGUACUUGGAAGGAACAACGCCGUUAAUUGCAGAUCAUUAUUAAAUGAGUGCGUGGUUAUAAAGCGUUGCGGGUUGGCGGAUAGGGGAGAAUGGCGAGGAGAGAGUGGAGGGGAGGGAGGGGAGGGAGGGUUGGAGAGUAAGGCAAGAAUGAGGUGGAGGGGAAGAAGGGAGAAUAGGACGAGGUUGGAGUAUGCGAGAUAUUUCUCUUCUGAUUGUGACAUCCUCUUUAGGGAGAUAUUGCCCAGUUAUGUGAGCUACCAAAUCCUAUUUUGUCUAUGUGUAAAUAAACAACAAGUCAUAUGUAAAUCAGUCCUCUGCGUAUCUGUUCGAUUUUCACCUUCCGCGACUCUUACACCAUAAUGGCAGACGAAUUGCAUUAUGACGUCGCCGAUAUUUUCAGAUUGCGAUAUUUGCCACGCUGGUGCGUGGUUUCGAUCUGUAUGUAUUGUUCUCAGGUUUCGAUGACAAGGUCGCCUUAAAGGUCACAUGGUUGAGGUCAUGUAGCGCCCCCUAGAACUAUAAACUAUUCCCGGCUGCAAUAUGCAAGAAAUGGUAGCGUGGAAAGAUUUGUGUUUAAUUUUUAGCAACAGGCAAAAUCUUCAUUGAAUUUAUAUAGAGUGCUCGACUCCCGAUUGUUUUGAUGUGGAAAAUGACAAUGUCACAGCCUCGCAUUAAUAAUUAGUUAUAACUGUCUAGUUUCUCUAGCUACGAAUAAUGUGGCUUAAUUUAUAGCACCAGUUCUCUGUGCGCACAUGCCUAAUAUCUGUUAAAAAACACCAAUAAAAAAUUAUUUUCUUGAGAUUAUAUAUUCGAAAUGAAGAGAAAAUACUCUCGAAUAGUGUGGUGUAAAAAGUUCGAUUACAAUGCAUUACUUUAGCAAUGCUAAGGUGCACUGGCUUCCUGACAACCUAGGUCCCUGCUAUGUAAUAUGAAAUAAUGUAUAACUAUUUCUGCCGUAAGUCGGCGCUAGUGUCGCGCACGUGUAGCGUAUCAGCUCUGAUAUCAGACACACUUACACACGGCACUUGACGUUCAAUAAAAAUAAUGCUAAAUAAAUAUCGAAAUCUAUU